AUGGCGUCGCCCGCCACGUUGAGCCCAGAACGGCGCAGAGCUCUCGCGACGCCCAAGGAGCAGGGCAGCCGCAAACGCAAGCGCGCCCACAAGGCAGUGCCGCGCGCUCUCACGCCGCAGACGAUCACUGGCAGCCAACCUGCAUCACCAACCGUGUCCGAGCUCAGCGGGGUCGAGCUCUCUCUCGCGCCUCCACGCUACCUCACGCCUCCGCCGAGCACGCGAAAGCCAACCUGGGGAGAGCGGAAGAGUUUGCUAAGCAAAGAGUACAUUGACGAUUCGGACGAGGAAGGUACUCCAGUCAGCCGAUCUAAAGGGGUGCAAGGGGAUGAGGAGAAGGAGAUGGGCAGAGCUGAAAGAUCGGGCGACUACGAAGAGGAGAAUCAAAGUGGGGACCCGGAAGAUAACGGGGACGCGGACGAUGACGAGGUUGUUGAGAGCGGAGAUGAGGAUCUCGGGCUUGCCGUCGAAGAGGAGGAAGGUGUUGGCCUCGGAGAGGUGUCCGAAAUCGAUGCUUCUGACGACGACCUGCCCGCCUACACUCCCACACCGAACUUUAAGCGUUCGCCAAGCACCAAGUCUCUUGUCGCCCUGUCCCAGGUCUCCGACCUCCCCAAGAUCCCAAACUUCACUGCUCAGGCUACUUCGAGACAGCGGGCCAAACGGGACGAUGCCGAGUACGAUAUAUUCCUUCGGACUCAGGUCACGUCCGAGGAGGAAGCGGAGCGGGCGCUUGCUUCUCGCUGGCUAAGCCCAACUGGGAUCCGCCGGCUCGAAGCCACGGGGCUCAUUGCAGUAAAGCGGGGCAAGUUCCUCGCGGCGGAGAAGAAAGCCAUGCAACAACAACUGAAGACGUUCCAGGCGGUGAACAAGAUGUCAGAUGAAGAGCUGGUCGACUUGAUCAUGUCGAAGGGCCGUUAUGUGGAACGCGGCUCUCAUCCGACGUUCUGGUUCGACCUCGCGGCCCAAGUCCCCGGACGGCCUGUAAAGAGCGUUGUCGACGCGGUCAAACGGAUGUACGACCCGCGCGCGGGCAAAGGGAUGUGGUUGCCCAGUGAGGACCGGGCUCUCCUACAGGCGCAGAACUUGUACCCGAAUCAGUGGUCCAAGAUCUCUGACGCUGUCGACCGAUCCGAGCACGACUGCCGUGACCGCUGGCGCGAGCUGCGCGACGCUCCCACCCGCGUGAGCGGGCCGUGGUCGCUCGAGGAAGAGGACGCGCUGUGUGCCGCAGUGCAGACGGCAUGCGCAGCUGUGGGGCGGAAGCCGAGCGCGGGGGUGCCAUGGGACAAGGUGGUAGAACUGAUGGGACGGAAGCGGACAGCGGCGCAGUGCCGGCAGAAGUGGAAAGGACGGCAAAUCGGCGGCGCCUUCGUACCCUCCGGACCACACAAUGUGCGCCUCGACCGCCGGCGAAUGCUUCAGCGCCUCCGCGAUUUGAAGUACGCCCACGAGACGGAUAUUACUUGGACCGAGCUGCCAACCGACGACUGGGUUGUGCGCCCCGCGCUGCUCAAGAACACUUGGAGCCUUCUGCGGCGGCGUGUGCCCGAUGCGGAACGCCGCGAGAUGUCUUUGAAAGACCUACUGGACAAGAUCGAGGCGAGCAUGGACGUGAUCGACGCGGCCGUAGGCCAGCCGGGCGCGUCACGCAGCGCGACAAAGCGUGCUGCGGCAAGCAAGCCGAGCCGAGCGAAACGGAUGAAGACUAAGGCAGAGAGUUUGGUACGCAAGGCGUAG